UUUCGUAGGAUUUCAAUAAAUGCUUGAAAGGAUUAAGGAUAUGAUCUUAUUUAGAAUAUAAUGAAGGAAGAAAUGAAUAUUUUGCAAGAGAAAUUAAUAAUAUUAUCGAGAUACUUCAUACAAUGGCUGUUAAAUCGUAUUCUUCAGGUAUUCUUUUAUGUUGUAACUUCUUUGUUUUUAAUCUAUACAAAUUUUCAUGAUAGCAAAUCAAAAUAUACACUGUGGGAUUAUAUAGAUGACAUUUUUGCACCAAUUGAACAACCUAUAUAUUCUGUAACUAUGAAAUGUAAUCCAAGAAAUGUAUAAAAUAUUAAUGCAAAAGUAUAUCGUUCUCCUAAUCAUACAAACACAUUACACAUGUAUAUAGAACACAUAAUAGAUAAAAUAUCUAAUAAAAUAAGAUAUAACGUUGAAAUAAAAAACUUACAAUCACUAUAAUAUAUUUUAUAAUCUACAUUUAAUGUUAUCUUUAAAAUCCUGUUUCAAUAGAUUUUUACUUGUAUGUUAUUUAACUGUAUUUCACAUUUAAUUUUUAUGAGGUUUUAAGCAUUUAUUUUUGAACAAAACGUUGGGUACAUAAUAAAGUGCUAUUGAUAAUAUGUUUCUGCCUGUUUAAUAUUUUUCUAGACAGAACUAGUAAAAAUAUAGGUAAUAAUCAGAGUUUUUGCAGAUUCUUGUACACUUACGGAAAAUUUAAAGGUACACAGAAUACGCACAAUAUACAAAAAUAUAUAAUUAUAUAAUUAUUUAAUUAUAAUUUUUUAUAAUUAAAACGAAUAUUUAAAGCCUAUUUCUUUAGCCGUGUUCAUAAAUAUCUACAGUUUAAUUAUGAAACAUUGUCACAUAAUUUCACAUUUUAUAAAGUUUCAUGAAACUUCCAAUAAUUCCAAUACAUUGUCUAAAAUAACGUGAAUUAUUCUGUGUUACAUAUGAUUAGUAUAGUAUAUAUUAAAAUUAUUAAUUGAUGCACCAUCUGUUGAAACGCUAGUAUCUGAAACUGGUUUUAUAGAUAUGUAUAUAGCAUAGUAGCGCAUGUAGUACCGUUACAGAUUACAGCCUUGCAGGUUACAGCUUAGCUUACGGCCACGUUACAGCGUGGUUCGUUCUGUGCAUUGCUGUCACGGUAUAUAUUCUUCAUUAUUAGUUAUAAAUAUUUCCUAUUAAUGACGGCUGUUUGAAAACGUCGGGAAAUGAUUCGAUGGUCUCGAAGGGUGCAUGUUCUGAGGCUAUUAGUUUUUUUAUGGAUGGACACGUCAAGGGCUUAGGAUGGUCAACUUUGAUUUUUUUAAAUGGAGUCAUGUAUUUUUUAAUCCAGUAAUCGACGCAAUUCAUCAUUCCUUACGCAAGAAUAUCCUAUUUAUACUAAAAAACCAUUAAAUUAGGAGAUAUUUUAACUUUAAUUUGUCAAAUUUAAUGUAUGGAAGACAAAGAUGAUGUAAACAUAAGAAUACCGUUUUGUGUCUAUCCUUCCUUCAUCAACAAAAAAAUUAAUAAUAUCAAUAUGUGCACCCAUCGAAAUAAUCCAAAUUUCAUUCAAAUAUUUCUAGCUGCGAAUGAUAAUAAUGACAAGAAGGCUCUGUAUACAAAAUUAAAGCUAGUAAAGACAUAAUAAAGUUUCAGUGUUAAUUGUUGACCAGUUUCAUCGCGAUCGCGUUAGAACAGUUAUGUCAAACGAAAUCCCAAAUAAACGUCUGAUGACGAGUUGUAGCAAUGUAUUGGAGCAAGCACAUCAUGUAUCAAGAGCAAAACGUGGACAAGCAAUGGGAAGUAUAAGAGGUUUUCGAGGCUGUACAGUUUGGUUAACAGGCCUUUCUGGUGCUGGGAAAACUUCAAUAGCUUUCCAAGUUGAGGCAAUUUUAAUUGAUCACGGAAUUGCUGCUUAUGGACUUGAUGGAGAUAACGUAAGGAGUGGUUUAAACCACAACCUUGGCUUUACCAAGGAAGAUAGAAAAGAAAACAUAAGGAGGGUUGCAGAAGUAGCUAAAUUAUUUGCUGAUAGUGGACAAAUUUGUUUAUGUAGUUUUGUAUCACCAUUUGAAGAGGAUAGACAAAUGGCAAGACAAAUUCAUAAAAUGUCUGAUCUUCCAUUUUUUGAAGUUUUUGUUGAUACACCUCUUACUGUAUGUGAAGCAAGGGAUACCAAAGGAUUAUAUAAAAAGGCACGUCAAGGAGCAAUCAAAGGCUUUACUGGAAUAGAUCAAAUGUAUGAAAGACCAUUAAAUCCUGAUUUAGUGGUAGUCACUGAAAACUGUACUCCAGAGGAAUCAGCCGCAACUGUUAUUGAUCUUCUGGAGAAACAGCAUAUUAUACCUGUACUUCAAAAACCCGCAACACCAAUACGGGAGUUAUUCAUUCCAGAAUCACGAAUAUCUUCUGCCAAAACAGAAGCUGCUACGCUUCAGAACUUAGAAAUUAAUGAAAUUGAUGUGCAAUGGCUCCAGGUUUUAGCAGAAGGUUGGGCUGCACCUCUUACCGGUUUCAUGAGAGAACACCAAUAUCUCCAGACUCAACAUCUAAAAUGCCUCCGUGAAGGUGACAGAGAAAUUAAUCAAUCUGUUCCAAUAGUCCUUGCAAUACAUACAAAAGAUAAAGAACGUUUGAAUGGACUUUCGUCUUUUACAUUGAGAUACAAAAACAAAGUUCUAGCAAUAUUACGUAGGCCUGAAUUUUAUUAUCACAGAAAAGAAGAAAGAUGUGGUUGGCAAUUUGGUACUAACAAUUUAGGUCACCCAUAUGUAAAAAUGAUUCAUGAAUCUGGAGAUUGGUUAGUAGGUGGUGAUAUAGAAGUUAUUGAGAGAAUUAAGUGGCAUGAUGGUUUGGAUCAAUACAGACUUACACCAAAUGAAAUUAGAACAAAAUGCAAAAAGAUGAAGGCUGACGCUGUCUUUGCAUUCCAGCUUCGAAAUCCUGUACAUAUGGGUCAUGCAUUAUUAAUGCAAGACACUAAAAAACGUUUAUUAGAAGAAAGAGGAUUUAAAAAUCCUAUUUUAUUGUUACAUCCUCUAGGUGGUUGGACGAAGGAUGAUGAUGUACCACUACAGACAAGGAUUCUGCAACAUGAAGCUGUACUUAGUGAAGGGGUUUUAGAUCCUCAUUCAACAUUAUUAGCAAUUUUUCCAAGCCCUAUGAUGUAUGCUGGGCCAGUUGAGGUACAAUGGCAUGCAAAGGCAAGAAUGAACGCUGGUGCUAACUUUUAUAUCGUUGGAAGAGAUCCCGCUGGCAUAUUACAUCCUAACAAAAAUGCAACACCUGAUGGGAAUCUUUAUGAUCCUACUCAUGGAGCCCGAGUUCUCUUACUAGCUCGAGGCUUACAAUCGCUAGAAAUCAUACCGUUUAAAGUUGCAGCAUAUGAUAAAAAAUAUAAAAAAAUGUCCUUCUUUGAUGAGAAACGAAAAGAAGAUUUUGAAUUUAUAUCAGGGACGAAAAUGCGUUGUUUAGCAAAAGCAGGUGAAAAUCCACCUGAUGGUUUUAUGUCACCUAAAGCAUGGUUUGUUCUUGCACAAUAUUACCAAAACCUAGAAAAGUAAAUAUUUAGUGCAAAAAUCGCUAGAAAUUAUUAACACUUUAAAAUGAAGUGUUUAUAGAGUAAAAUUAGUGUUUCAAAUAUUUAAAAAAAAUGAGUAAAGAAUAUUAAUACCUGAUGUAGUAUUAAUAUUAUUAUACAUUUAUAUAUUUAUACAUUUUAAUUGUACAGCACAGCGAUUUCUGCAUUUAUCUGUUUUAAAUAAGUUAAUAUCUUUUUGCAUUUAUUCUUAAAAUGUAUGUAUAUAUAUAUGUAUAUCCCUUAAUUUUAUUUUAUGUAAAUAUAAAAUUCAAUUACAUUUUUCACAAAAAUUUUAUAAAAAUAUAUAUGACACAAAUAUGAUCUUUUAUUGUAUCUACUUCAAGAAGUGUAUAUUAUAUCAUGUCCAAAAAGAAAUUUGUAUAAUUUAAAUGUAAAUUUAACAGCUAUUUAUAUAUGAUAAAAAUAUACAAACACUUGCAAAUGUUUUAUGUACAAAAGUAUCUGACACUCAAAUUCUUUUAUUGCCACCAUAAAAUAUUAGUUCAAUUUACAAAUAGAAAUUUGAUGAUAUAGGAAAAUAAACAAAAGUUAAAAUUGUACAAGAUGAGAUGUUCGAGUACAUAACUUAUUGUAAUUGUACGAUAAGUAAGACUACGCUUACCGUAAAAAUUAAAAUAAUUAUGCGAUAUAUUACAAAUAGUCGUAAUGAUGAUUUCUUUAAUGAAAUGUAUAUAAAAAUAUAUAAAAAUCGUAUAUAGAUAUAAUAAAUUUCACUUGUAAUUUUACAAUAAUAAAAAAACAAAAUUUUAUUACUAAAAA